AUGUCUGACGAGAGAACCGUCAUCGUCUGUCUCUGCUCAAAUGAUGAACCCAACGGCUUCCUCGACAUCAAAAUCAAAGAUGUCGAGACCGGCGGAUGUCAAGUCUUAACAUCAAACUACUACUUCAGAGAUGUUGCUGACCUCACCGAACGCAGAGUGACGGUCGGUGGAGAGGGAGCUCAGCCACCAACCCAGAUUCUCCUACUAUUCGAUAAGAAAAUGCAUCGAAAUGGGACAGAAGAAUGCCCAUACCUGGCACUGAAAUUGAUCCAUGACGAGAACAUAGAUGGUGAGAAAGUGACAGAUCUGCGGACAGCAGAAUUUAUGGAUGUGGUGAGAGCCAUAGAUCAAGUCAUGCGAGAGGUUCCCCGGUAUAUCGAACCCAUCGGAGAGGAGUAA